AUGGCCAUCACCUGGGACGCGGAAGCUGACGCCAAGCUCCUCGUUGGCAUCGUUACUACCAGCAAUACGGCCAUCGACUUUGAAAAACUCGCCGAGUUUAUGGGUCAAGGCAAGUAUCCUCCUACUGCGUUUCUUCUCAAAAGAAACCUCGCUUCGUACUGCACUGUUAGCGCCCUGAGGCACAGAAUCCAGCGUAUCAAGGAAAAGGCUGGUCUCACGAACGCGAAGGGUGUCGCCCCAAAGUCGCCGUCCACACCCAAGACCAAGCGAUCUACCCCCAUGAAGGCAACCAAGAGCGCUCCCAAAAAUACUCCCAAGCGCAAGUCCGCAGUCUCCAAGGAUACCGAACAGACCGACGAACAACAUGUCAAAUCGGAGCCUGAGGAGUUCGAUCAUGACAGAUAUCUUGCAUGA